GUGAGGGGAAGAUGCAGGCCGGCGGAGGGCGGCGAUGAUGGAGGAGGCGUCGGUGUCCGGAGUUGGGGAAGGCGAUCGGGAUGGGGAGGGACCAGAGGAAGGGCAAGUCCCGACGCCGAGCCCGCCGGGGGUCGGGCGGGGUCGCGCCGUCAGCACCGUCUGCGUCCUCUGUUACAUCAACCUGCUGAACUACAUGGACCGGUUCACGGUGGCCGGAGUUCUACCUGACAUCGAGGAAUAUUUCCAUAUUAAUGAUGGUAGUUCAGGAUUACUGCAGACAGUUUUCAUCUGCUCAUACAUGAUCUUCGCGCCCAUCUUUGGUUAUCUGGGUGACCGUUACAACCGAAAGAUCAUCAUGAGCUGUGGCAUCUUCUUCUGGUCGGCAGUGACACUGCUCAGCUCCUUUGUUCCUCGGGCGUACUUUUGGGCGCUGCUGCUGACGCGUGGACUGGUUGGAGUGGGGGAGGCGAGUUACUCUACCAUUGCCCCCACUGUCAUCGCCGACCUCUUUGUGGGAGACAAACGUACACGCAUGCUCUCCAUCUUCUACUUCGCCAUCCCUGUGGGCAGUGGCUUGGGCUACAUUGUGGGAUCGAAGGUGAACGACGCCGCAGGGGAUUGGCACUGGGCCCUCAGGGUGACCCCAGGCCUCGGGCUUUUGGCAGUUGUCCUGCUGCUUCUGGUUAUCCCGGAACUUCCUCGUGGAGCAGUGGAACGCCGGUCAGAUCGGGAGCUGGUGAACACCUCAUGGAUCACUGAUAUCAAAGCCCUGUCUUCGAAUAACAGCUUCAUCCUGUCCUCCCUCGGCUUCACGUCGGUGGCAUUUGUAACCGGGAGUCUGGCCCUCUGGGCUCCGGCCUAUCUGUUCCGAGCUCAGGUGGUCCAGGGCACCAUGAAACCCUGCACCCAGAGACCCUGCAACUCCACCGACAGCCUGCUGUUUGGGGUGGUCACCUGUGUGACGGGGUUCCUUGGGGUGGGAGCCGGGGUGGAGGUAAGCAGGCGUUACCGGCGGGUGAAUCCCCGGGCCGACCCCCUCGUCUGUGCCUUCGGCAUGUUGUCCUCGGCACCCUUCCUCUUCUUGGCCGUGGCUAUGGCCGAGGCCAGCACCGUCGCCACCUAUGUCUUCAUAUUCUUCGGCGAGUUGCUGCUCUCCUUGAACUGGGCGAUUGUUGCUGACAUCCUCUUGUACGUGGUGAUACCGACGCGCCGAUCAACAGCUGAGGCUUUCCAGAUCACCAUGUCCCACCUCCUAGGAGACGCCAGCAGCCCUUACCUCAUUGGAGUGAUCUCGGAUGCCAUCCGCCGCCAUCACCCGGACUCGUACCUCUGGGAGUUUCGCAGCCUGGAAUACUCGUUGAUGCUCUGCUGUUUUGCCGGGGUCCUGGGGGGAGCGGCCUUCCUUGCCACUGCAAUCUUCAUCGAACAGGACCGGCGUAAGGCUGAGCUGCUUACACAAGGUGAGACAGAGUGAAGACCCCAGACAGGGGCCGGUCAGGCUCAGCCAGAACCCAGCUCCGCCUGAGUCUGAGGAAGAGAUCGUGGUGCCCAGGGAAGGAAGGUCUCUCAAGCUGCCGGUGGCCAGUGUCCUGAUCUGAAAGUAUCGGAGAGGGAGAGGGGGUUGGGUGACUCUUCCACCUCCCCACUGCAAGAGCGAGAACUGGUGCGGGGAGAGUUGAGAAUGUGCGAAAGGGGCAAACACACCUCCUUUCUCAAGCUAGAAGGGGAUCUCGCCCUCUUGGCCCAGGGUCUGUGACUCGGCUGGGGCAGGCAGAAAUGGAUUUGAUUACAGAGGGAGGCCCAGAUAUUGUUCAUGUGAUGAUUGUGGUUAACGGAGAGAGGGUGACAAUCUCUCCCGGAUACUUUUUCAUUGAUCUUUGCACAAUUUGACUACUUUCUGUCAAAGAAUAAUAAAUUACUUAUUCCUGG